CCUGUAAAAUUAAACAAGUGAUAAAUAAGACUUAAACAAACAAUAAUGUCAACAAUCAUUAAGGAAGGAAAUCUUUCAGACAACCUAGAUAAAAAAAUGAUUGCACUCAAAUUCCGACAGACAAGAUAUAUCACAAAAAAUUGAUAUAUCAUGGUCAGACCAUUGAAAGAUGAAUACAUGAAACGUAUCCUUCAGUUAAGUUAGACACAGAAAGAAUCCUUCACAUCGACAUCUAGUGUUUAGUCGAAGCGUUAGUGACUUACUGUAUCAAACGCCAUCUAUCGCAGAAAAUGUAGUUGAUCCUAGUAGUGUCGACUACAAGGCUUUAUUUAUGUUUUAUUUAUUUAUUUCUUUUUUCCCACUUUUACUAGAAAUGGAAGGAGAAUGCUUCUUAAACCCGUGUUUCGGACCGAGACUGCCGUUCCAACCUAUACGAGUUCGCAGUGGGAAAAUUGCAAGAAUGGCCUCAACCAAUAGAUACGAAGACCCAAAACUCAACGCGCAAUGCUUAGUUAUCCUGGAUAGACUUCAAUUAACAUCACCAGGAAAGCUUAGAAUACCAGGACCACGAAAACCACGCGUGUUUAGGGUCUAUUCAGACUGUGAAGUUGAAAAUACGAAUGACAUUCGAGCAAAGAAAAAACAUCGGAAGAGACGAAUGAAAGGGACCAAACGUCUUCUUCAACUCUGUGAUUCCGAAGACGAUUUUGACAGUGGUAACGAGAGAUUGGACUACAAUUUCAAUAAUCUUAAUGCAAAUUCAUACCCGAAGAAUUCCGCAAUAACAUCAUCGGAAUUUGUUGUCGAAAAAUCGGUAAGCACACCAGAGGGAAAGCGGGUGCUGAAAUCGACAAUUUCUUCUACCAACAACCACAUGGCAAAAAUUAACUCCCUCACGCAAUUUAAAGUUUGCCAAGUUGAGGAAAUUACUCUGAGCUCCGAUGAUGAAGAAAACGAAUUCUCAAACAAACCAGGUUUGGCGAUACCUACUGUUGCGCCAUGUACAACGGAAAGUGCGGAAACAAGGGAGAAAUCUCUCAUCGUAGACACAAGUCUGUUACAGACAUCAAACGGUGUCGAAGGCGCUGUACCACUGUUGUCAGCACUAUUGACAUUAGUAACCCAACAAGACACCCCUGUCGCAGAGAACGAAAACCAAUCGUCCCGGGCAACUGGAAACGCGGAUGAAAAACUGAAAGCCCUUCUUGCAUCCAAUCGUUUCAAGCCUAAAGGCAAAUUAACGAAACCUACAAUUCCGCAAGCCAUUUCCGGGAGACAACGAGCAAGCAGUGCUAAAUCUUCCAAGAAAAUGAAUAAGGAGCCUUCUAUGAGAAAGAAACUCCAAGAACAACAGGAUCUGGGAAGUUACUGUGCAUCUGUCAAAACAGCACACGAAAAGAAUUCGUCAACCACUACUCCGAUUACCGGAGAGGUAGCUGUUCGCGCCAUUGCCAAUAAACGCCAGAAUUAUUUGUCAAUACAGAAACCUCCCGUACCACUGCCACCCAACGUAAAAGCAAAAACAACAUCAGUAUCUCGUGGUGAUAAGUUGACAGCCGACCUCAUUGUUGGCGAAAACUUGCGCAAGAUCCAAAAUAAGGAUUCUUUCAAAACGUCUUUUGGAUCCCGCACGAUUCCUAUAAGACAGUCAAUGAGCAGUAAUUUGUUGAAAGGCCAACCUACCGCGUCUUCCGAGGGAGAGCUUUCAAAAAGAGAUAACGAGUUGGUCACUACUGAUACGAAUCCAACUCGCAGCCUUUCUUUCAAACCAUGUCUUAAACGAGUUUCAAGAAUUCCAUCCAACGAGAGCACUGGCGGGUCAGAGUCGCUUCAGCAUCUGCCAACCUACAGUAAAAAUAGAAGCAAGGAUCAAGAAAAACAUUCUACAGCCAGCAUCAAAGCUAACCUAGCCUUAAAGGAGGGAAUUUACAAACUAAAGCAUUCUGUCGUCAAUUUAUAUGGACAGGGCGUGAAAAGGGUAAGAAAUGACGGACAAAUCAAAACUGAUGACAUUGAGAGACGAUUCGGGAUCGGAACAUUCAGACUAAGUCCAUUUUCUUACGGAAUCCAGAAAAUUGAAGAACAGUGAUGUAACGCAUAGGAACCGCAAAACGUUAAAUGGAUUACGACAUUUAACAGUGCACUAUGUUAAACAGCAUACUUACGAGAUCAAAACCGUUCUGUGCGAAGAGGAAACUUGCUGUUUACAGGAGAAGGAGAGGCCGUUUCUUUAUUCUUAUGAUUUCUCACUUUCUUUUUGCAAAGCCUCUAUUAAUUUGUUUUGUUUAAUGUAUUGCUGCUAGAGGCAAUUGUUUACCUUUCCUUGCGAUUUGUUAUCGUUGCUCAUGUUAUCUUUCUUUCUUUAAUCAACAUAUGUAUAACCAAGCGGCUGCUAUCUAAAAAAUUUAGAAAAAAAAAUAAAUUUCGUUAUUAAAUAAG